AUGAGUUGCAAACAGCCGGGCAUUGAUGUCGAGUUCUUGAAUUUGGCUCUACGAAUGUCGGGUUUAGAGGCUGAGGUGAUUCCGGUCGACUACCAAAUCGAAGCGCUGCUAGAGGCCAUUGCGAACGGCUCAGCCGACAUCAGCGUGCAUUCGAUCACGCAAAGCAUCGAGCGAAUGCAAUUUGUCACUUUCACUACACCCAUCAACUAUCUUGCUUCUGGUUACAUAGCCAAAGAAACAAACGACCUUGAGAUUCGUGAGUUCAUCUUUGGAUCGAUUGCGCCCGAGAUCUUCCUCUUUAUGUUAUUUGCGUUGUUUGUGAGUCCAUUUAUGAUGUGGUUCUUGUCGGGUCAUCGCAGAAGCUAUGCGUCAUGGUUUUUACAUUCGGGUAGGAUAUGGCUGAAACAGGACGGGAAAAUAAAAAGACGAUACACGACAUCGAAUGCUUUCUUCAUGAUUUCGUGGAGCUGGUUUUGCUUUUUCUUCAUGCACUACUACGAGAGCGCGAUGAAGAGCAAUUUGACGUUGUCGUCGAAAAAGGGAUACGAGUUUCAAGACAUCGAAGGUAUGCUGGAUGUACUCGAUCAUAAAGGUUGGCGGUUAGCCGUCCAAGAAAGCGGCUGGGAUUACCAGAUGUUUUGCAAGACGCAACAACAAAUCGAACGCGUCGAGCAUCACCUAAAAACAGCCAUCCGCUAUCCUUUCGGCUACGAAAUAAAGACAUUACCACCAAAAUCGGUGAUGUUCAGCGGCUCGUACAGUUAUCUCGUGGAAAGCGAUGUCUCGUAUAUUGACAAAAAGGCAAAAACAUUGUUCAUCAAAGAUGUCACGUUGCCGAAGAGGAAUUUGGCUUUUGCCGUCAACAAAAAUUUGACGACCGUCCGCGAGAAGCUCAACAAGGCAAUCUCGAUGAUGCAGGGCGGGUAUAACAACAUGGCGUCAAGAUACUCGCAGCCAUACAGCCCGUUCGUUCGUCAAGAGUCCCUCAAGGAAUCCUAUGCUCUACGUCUUGCCUACCUGAAGCCCCUAUUUCGCAUUUGUGGUAUCCUUGUAGGCGUCGCGAUCGCGAUCAUCAUCGUGGAAGUGAUUCUGGUGAGUGAAAAGCAACUUAAAAUCAUUCCAUUUCCAUUUGCUACACGAGAAGUGUCAUUGCCCAGACUCAAUCCAAAAACGACACUACACAAGGAAUUCGCUUAUCGAAUUUAUUCAUUCGCUUAUCGAAUUUAUUCGGAAUCGUCUCAAUAUGUGAUUAAAUUAGAGUUCGCUUGGAGCAGGAUCGUAUUAGGGGAUGCCGAUUACAAGGCGUUUGACAUCACCUCGUUUAGUUGGGAUGCCGAUUACAAGGCGUUUGAGAUCACCUCGUUUAGUUGGGAUGCCGAUUACAAGGCGUUUGACAUCACCUCGUUUAGUUGGGAUGCCGAUUACAAGGCGUUUGACAUCACCUCGUUUAGUUGGGAUGCCGAUUACAAGCCGUUUGACAUCACCUCGUUUAGUUGGGAUGCCGAUUACAAGGCGUUUGACAUCACCUCCUAUAUAAUCAAUUUAUCGGAAACGUUUCCUCCGUGUUUCUCUUUAACGACAAAGGAGAGCGUCGACGAGGCUCCGUUUGGAAUGAUUGAUCUGACACUG